AUGUCUGGCCUUGAGAUUGCAGGCCUUGUUCUAGGUGCCAUCCCAAUUGCGAUUGAAACGCUCAAGAUGGGGAGCCAAGGAAUAGUCAUAUACAAGCGAAGCCGCAGGUACGAGAAUGAAUUGGAAAGACUGAUGAAUAAAUUCGAGAAUGAGCGAGUAAGGCUACAAGACGUCUUCGAAAAGCUACUCGUCGACCUCGUUCCUCAUUCACGGAUAGAGAGUCUUGUCCAAAAUCCUCUUGGUCUGUUGGAAGACGAGCCAGAACUCAACGCCAAGCUUCGAAGGAGGCUGUGGCGAGGGUUUGAUCUCUUCAACAAAACACUUGGGGAGAUCAAGACUGCCAUGGAAGAAGCUACAGAGCGCAUCAACGUCCAAGUUCAGGACAAGUCCAACCUAAAAAGAUCACUCCGCCACUCAUUCCUUGACGAUCUACUCACUAGGAUCAAUGAGGGGACCUCGAUUCUUGAACAGCUCGUGGAUAGAGGCAUCGAACUUGAGCCAGCUAGGAAGAGCCGUUUGCAGGGUAAAAUCCUGUGUCUCAUGCGCAAUCUCGCAAAUGGAGUCUUUGGAGCGGUACGAGCAAGCUUUGACUGCCCUUGCGAGCACCACGUUUGUUUACAACUGGAGAAACGGAUCAUCGACAUGAUGCCUGAUGAUGCAGAAGACUACCCUGUUCUUGAAAGUAUCAAUUUCCACCUUGCUCUCUCUUACAAGAGUUCUGGGUCGAAAACUCCUCCUCUGUCGAGUAAUGAUAGAGCGUGGUUCGAGAUGCUUGUGAAAGCUACACCCAAACCACUCCCACAAGCCCCCGUCCACACAAACAAGCCAGAAACAAAGCGUCGCUUCCGAGUUAUCAAGUUAGUUGGACGCCAGUUGCGCAGCCGUGCAUCUCCUUCACCAGUGAGCGACCCCGUCAAAGUCUCGGACAACUCUGUUGAGCUCGAAGCAGCCUCUAAGGAUCUUGAACAGUCACCUACCAACCUGGACCUUUGCGAGAAAAUCAGGCAGCCCACAACAACAGGGUCAUUAAUAUGCUACGGGCUCCUCUUUGAUGUAUCGGCUCCUAAAACGCACACAUACAAUGCCUACCCAAUCAUUCCGAGCAAGUUCAGAGAAAAGUGCGACAGAACCAUGAUAUCUCUGAAUCAAGUCCUUGGCCUGGAUCGCCGAUACAUGGUCUUGUCAGAAAAAGAAAGACUCAGACUCGCCGUCAUAAUAGCUGCCAAUAUUCUCCAGCUUUACGGAAGCCCAUGGAUGCCGGCGGCGAUUCGUAGUUGGGAUAUUUACCUGAUACAAGGCCAAGAUGACCCUACCUGCGAGCGCUUCUUCGUCUUACAGACCCUUCCAAUUGCUGAAGGUCCUUCUAGAAGUGGGGGCUUCGGGCUGGCUUCGAUGAGAAAUCAGUCGUUGUUUUAUCUGGGAGUCCUUUUGAUUGAGCUCGCUUUCGGCAAGUCCCUUGAGCUUCUUCGAAGCGAAUGCGACAAGUCAAGCACCGGUUCUCAAUUUUUUGCAGACUACAGGACUGCGAAACGAUUGGCCGAUCAAGUGACGAGCUUCAUAGGACCAAAUUACGGGAGUGCAGUCUCACGAUGUAUUGAUGGAGAGUUUCACGGCCGAGGAGUAGGACUAGAGGAUCAAGAUCUGUCUCACGAUGUAUACGCUGGAGUCGUGGCGCUGUUGGAGAAGGAAUUGGAAGGCUAA